AUGGAGAAUCUUAAAUAUGAAAUGGCAAUACAUCAUACCAUGUCUCCGUCUAGAGUCCUCGAGAAAGUUCUUGAUGUUGUUCUUCUGAGUUGUAGUGGUUCCAAAAUGAAGAACUUGGUUUGUCCAAUAUUUGACAAAAUUUUCCUUGUGAGGCUGCUGCAAAGAUUUUCCAACCUUAAGAAGAUACAGGUCUGUAACUUCAAAGGAGACAUUGAUGAAGCUGUUCUUGCGAUUGCACGGUCCGGGUUGGACUUGGAAGAGUUGGUUGCUUUGUCAUAUUGUCGAAGUUAUCCAGAAUUUUGGUUAGAGGAGCUGGGUACAAACAUGAAGAAUCUGAAAGUACUCAAGUUUACUGGUGGAGACGGAGAUGCUGAUUUUGUCAGAGUGGUAGACGCCUUCCUACAGCUCGAGGAACUUCAAAUCGAGGAUGAAGCACCACAUUAUAAUUCUGUGACUGAUGAAGGGAGAGAUUAUAUGUCAUCCAAGCUCAAGAGAUUACGCAAGAUUGACCUUUCGAAUAAAUCACGGAUUUCAGAUAAGUCCCUUAUUUCUCUGUCAAAAAACUGUCCACUACUAGAGCAUAUUGAAAUUCAUGAUUGUAAUUUUGUGACACAAGAAGGGAUUUCAUUUCUUGUUAACAACAGCCAUCAUUUGAACUCAUUAUACAUAUAUAAAUAUCUUAAGAUUGAUUCAUUUGGAGUCAAAGGCUCUACAAAUCCUAACCAACUUAAGAUCUCUAAAGCUCCAACAUGUAGACAUACCGGAUGA